GCUCACAAGCAACACACUGGGUGUACGGGCAAGAGGCAGCGGACCCAGUUCGUUCCCCUUUCUCAAUUUGACGAUAAUCUCCUCUUAUCUGAUUAUAAUUUGCUCGAGAAAGUGAAGAGGGUUGCAGAAUCUGCUCAGAGAACAAGAGUUAAUUUGGGCGGGCAUUCUCAUUUUAAGAUUCCAUCCCAUCCUCAAGGCCUUAGUAAUGCUUCACAGAGUCACAGGACGAAACUCCUAUUUCUCCUCGGUGGAAUGUCGAAGAGGGAGAAAAAUAAAUCUCAAUACAACCAAAGUACUUGGACGAUUGAAUGGCAGUUUCAUUCAACAGACAUUGUUUUACUCAACCGUAGAGUAAAUGAAAACUCAACCCUUUCAUCUGUAAUUGAGAACCAUUUAAAGUCUGGGCCAUGGAAUCAUAAGCUCAGGCCGUUCUGUGCAGAGCAGUUGGACUGUCUCAAAUUUUUCAUUCGUAAAUAUCUUAAGCUGGGCAACUUGUUUAGGAAUCCAACUGUGUUGAACCCAGCUUUAUUGUUGGAUUGCAUUGAGCUAGUGUGAGGCCAUGAGCCAAAAUGCCAACUAAGGUAUAGCACAUCAUCCAUGCACUAUUUGUUAAUUGGAUCGCUGUUUUUUUUCUAUGGUUUAUUGUCCAUCCUCUUUGGAGAUGGUCCAUUUGUGCUAGGCACUGCUGCUGAAAUCUUUGAAAUUGAGAGGCUAGGAUUUGCUCAACUUGCAACAUGCCGUGCAUUGCCGGCCAAAAAAUUAUACUUGUCUCUCUGAUUCUCUGGUUCAAAUAAUGGUUUAUGGUGGGUAAGAUAAUUGGUCACCCAACUGGUCCAUACCAAAAUACCUGAAUUUACAUUUUUUUCCCCCGGAUUUGGGAAAUAAGCAUCCUAGGUUGGGACUGAAUUGGGAUAUUGGUUGAUGUUCUAUUUGAAUUUCUAUUAGCCUUCAAUUCUACUGCACCCACGUUACCUAUGAAAAGAAUUUUCUACUAUUCCCACCUGAAAUCUUGCCAUUACCUGAUGUCUACUCAAAUAUAUUCUAUCUGUAACAUUUCCCUGCAUAUAACUUUCCUCGCUUUAUAGAAUUUAAAAAGAAAAAAAAUUAUCAAAACAUUUUUUUCCCCUGUGAACAAGAAAAAAAUUUCUAUCUGACAAAAAAAUCUUAUCCUUCCAUAUUACUACAGGGCCGCAGGUCACCUUUCCAUGAGUUCAAUAUAAGAGCUCCAAUAAUUAGUGAAUUUAGUUAUUCUGGAGUACCCUCUGAUUCAUGUUUUCCUCCCUUCACAUAGCUAUGAUAUCAAUGUCAUUAAAGGUGUCAAACCCCUGUCAUCAACCAGAGCUUAAGGGGUCUGUUGCCAUUGAUCACCCAAGUCCAAAAGGCAUUUAAUUCAGGGAAGAGGAAAUAGAAGAACAUGGUGGUCUUCAAAUCCUUAGUUUCUAGAUCUCAUUAAGCAUGUGAAAUCAACAGAAGCUAAUAAGCUACGGUCCAACCCCCACGAGAAGGAACCAGGUGAAAACAUGGAUUUUGAUCGAGGCUUGCUUGAUGUAUAUAUACUCUGAUAUUAAUCCUGAUGAUUUUCUUGAAUAGGGAAGGUGACUUUUCCAAGGAAGUGAAAUAUGAAGAAAGAAUAGAUCGUGCAGAUCUUGGUAGAGUUUUCCCAGCGGAGGAAUUAGAGGAAGGGGAGAUUCCUGGUGCUGAACAAUUGAAUGCUCAUAUAUUAUUUGGGAUCAUCAAUAUUAUUUAAGAGCAAAGAUAAUUUCAAGUUUA